AUGUCUGAGCCCAGCGAGCGUCCUUCGGAGUCUAUGCCCGGCCCUGACAACUCCGGGCUGAAGCCGCUGUCCAAUGCGGAGGACAUGCCCCUGUCAAACCCCAGUAACAGCGAAUUGUCUCGCAUCAUGAGCCGCGCCGGCAUCACGCUGUCCAAUGGAUUCCCGCUCGAUGACGGUGACGACGAUGAGGAGGUGGACGAGGACUACGUCGCGGUCGAUCAAGAAGACGCCAAUGACUACCCACACUGGUUCCGUCGGCCCCCGACUCACCACCGUACCAAGCUUGAUGAAUUGCACCCCUUCGUUCAGCUACUAUCCACAUCUAAUGUCGAAGACUGUGUGAAUGUGGAGAGUGCGUUCCCAGAGCAAGAGCGUUGCUCGCGUGACAAGUUUGUUUAUCGCUUGACCAGAUGCCCUGAGCUCAGCCUGGGUCUCUUCACUCUGCCUGUUCUUAGCGACAAGCCUCAACCCCGCGCGACGCUUGUCGGACAUAUCAUUGCCACACGUACUUCGGGACCUUGUGUGACAGACGCUUCCAUGAAGCUUCCCAAGAACUGGUCCAACGAGCGCUGGACCUUUGAAGAUGGCCAGGCCGUUGGCCAUGAGGAGGGUGGCAGUACCAUCGCCAUUCACUCGCUGGCCGUGUUGCCUGAGCACCAGGGCAAGCAGGUCGGCAGCACUCUGAUGAAAUCUUAUAUUCAACGCAUCCGAGAGGCCCAGAUUGCCGAUCGGAUUGCCAUUAUCGCCCACGACCACCUUAUUCCCUUCUAUGAAUCCUUCGGUUUCGAGUCCCACGGCCCCAGCAAGUGCCAAUUUGGCGGUGGUGGCUGGGUGGAUAUGGUUUUGGAGUUCGGCCCCCCUGAGCAGGAAUAA